AUGGAGCACAACAAGUCAGUCGUACUUCCGGUGAUUCUCAAGGGAGGAGACAACUAUCUCUUGUGGUCCAGAACGGCUAAAGCCGUCUUGUGUGGCCGAGGUCUGUGGCCUCACAUCGAGCACGACACCAUCGUUCCUCCUCCAGCCGCCGCUACUCAAGCCGUUGUCUUGGCCGAGGAAAGUAAAUGGUUUCAAGAGGAUCAGGCCGUUCUUGCCAUUCUUCAAAGCGCUCUUGACGUAUCGGUUCUUGAAGCUUACUCAUUCUGUGAGAAGGCCAAGGAGCUGUGGGACACUCUCAAGAACGUCGUUGGAAAUGUCACCAACCUGACCCGCUGA